CCCUAAAAAAGCUGCUAAUUCUCCACCAGCUCCUUCGAUUUCUUCAAUCUUAACUUCUUUUGAAAUUUAUGACGUAUCUAAAAUUGCCAUUAUUAAUAAAAUUUUAACUGUUAUUUCACCCUCAAAUAAUAAUAACAACAAUAACAUGAAAGUUGAUAAUAUUUUUGAAAACUCUUCAUCAUUUAAAGAUAGGUCAAAACUUUUAAACCCUGACGAACAUCUUGAAGAUAAUAAUAUGGAAGAAGGUUUAAAAGAUUUUACCAUUAUUAUUAAAGCUACAUUAUUUGCAAUUACUAAUAGUAUCAAGUUUACCUUCAAAGAAAAAAAUAACAGAAAAAUUAUUCUAGCUAUUAACAAUAUUUUUACUCAAAAUGAUGACUUCAAAAGAAUAUCAGUCUGUCACAUAAAUUUGACACAUUCUGUAAUUAUCUAUUUUAUAAUGUCAGACGUAGCUACCGCAGCUCUAUACAUGACUAUUCCUAAUUUUAAGAUCAAAAAAUUCCUUGAUUUUACCCAAUACAAAACUGAUAUGCAAUUCAAUGAAAGAAUUAUUCAUAUUACUGAUAUUCUAUUGCAAAUAAAACCUGUAAAUAUCAAACAAGUUUUUGUCAAGUAUGGGACUAUUACCAAUUUUAGAAUAAUAGUAAGAGGUAUGUAG